UUUCAGUCAUGUAAUAGUGUAAUUUUUACUAGUAUAUAUGCAUAUAAAACAAAAAUGUACAGCUCUUAGAACGAACACAACGUCUCUCUCUCACACUAUGGCUUUCCUGACCGCUAGAGCUUCGCACCUAACUCGUAGCCACAGGGCCACCUCUCUGUUCAAACGUUUUAUGAGUAAUGUUCCCGAGAACACCGUCUAUGGCGGCCCCGCUGCCCAAACCUCCAACGACAGAGUAACCCUCACUCAUCUACGGCAGAAGCACAAAAAGGGUGAGCCCAUUACUGUCGUCACGGCAUACGACUACCCUUCCGCCGUCCACUUGGACAUGGCCGGAAUCGACAUCUCCCUCGUCGGAGACUCAGCCGCCAUGGUCGUCCAUGGACACGACACCACUCUCCCUAUUUCCCUCGACGAAAUGCUUGUUCACUGUCGAGCUGUCGCUCGCGGAGCUAAGCGCCCGCUUUUGGUUGGAGACCUUCCUUUUGGGUCUUACGAGUCUAGCUCCAGUCAGGCCGUUGAUACGGCGGUGAGGAUAUUGAAGGAAGGAGGAAUGGACGCCAUAAAAUUGGAAGGUGCUUCACCAUCAAGAAUCAAUGCGGCGAAAUCCAUUGUUGAGUCAGGAAUUGCUGUGAUGGGGCAUGUUGGCCUUACUCCACAGGCCAUUAGUGUUCUUGGGGGAUUUAAACCUCAAGGGAGGAAUGUCUCUAGUGCUGUAAAGAUUGUGGAAACCGCAUUGACUUUGCAGGAAGCUGGAUGUUUUGCCGUGGUUUUGGAAUGUGUGCCUGCACCAGUGGCGGCUGCAGUUACUUCUGCUCUUAAAAUUCCUACCAUUGGCAUUGGAGCUGGGCCUUUCUGUAGUGGGCAGGUGCUAGUUUACCAUGAUCUGCUUGGAAUGCUACAGCACCCGCAUCAUGCCAAAGUCACCCCUAAGUUCUGCAAGCAGUUUGCGUGUGUAGGAGAUGUCAUAAACAAAGCUCUCUUGGAGUACAAGAAAGAAGUGACUCAGGGUUGCUUCCCUGGUCCUGCGUACACCCCAUACAAAAUCAAUUCUGCUUAUGUUGGGGAUUUCUCAAAUGAGUUACAAAAAUUGGGUUUGGACAAGGCAGCAUCAGCAGCAGCUGAAGCUGCUGAGGAUAUUAAAUCACCUAGUGAAGGCAGCCCAAAAAGUGAGUAGAAUCGUGAUAGCUCGUAAUAUACUGUGGUUGUCAUCCUAAUAGGAAAUUGCACUAUACACUAUGGCUACCAUUUUCAGUUUGGUUUCUGGCUCACACUUAGGUUUUGAAAGGUAGGAGAAAAGGUAUAAGACGGAAGGAAAGUUUUCAAAGUAAGGCAGCUGAAUUUCUUUUGAGGCAAAAGUAAAAGUUAAUAAUAGUUUAGUCUAGAAAUUGUAAGAACCUCCAAUAAAUAAUAAAAGUUUAUCAAAAUGAUUAAUGCUUAUAUCA